AUGGAUUUGCAUACAAAUACUAUUGAAGAUGACUUACUACUCUCUCUCGGACCAGAUCAGACCCCUAGUAUCAACGAGAACUCCCUAGCGGAUAAAAUAUCGCGCAUUGAUUUUCAGCGGGCCGAAUCAGGAGGCUUUAGAGGUCUUACAGAGGAUAAUCUACGCGAGGAGAUAUUGGGAGAAAGAAUUGUAUCAAAGGAAUGUUCCGAAUCAGAUAGCGAGUCGACCGAAGAGGAUGAGGAACCUGACCGGAUUAAAGAGUUAGCAAUUGCUAGACAAGAGCUUUUAUGUCAAAUUGAUUCAGCUCAUCAAUCUGCAAUGUUUGCCCUAGACUUUAUCUCUCUUGCUCUUUCUAAAGAUGCGCCAACACAAGCCGUUUCAACAAUAUCUCCAGAACUUCGAGAGUUCGUGGGAUUGGGAACUCUGGGAUUUGACAAGCUUAAUGCGACAAGAAUCACUGAUACCAAGAUAAAUGAAAACAAGCAGGUUGUACGAGGGUGGCAGAUCCAAAGUUUAAAUAGAACCGUUGACUCAAUCUUGGCGGCGGCUACAAGAUUAGAGAAGGAAAUUGAAUCAGAAACUAGAUACUGGGAACAGGUUCUUGAUAUCAGCAAUAACGGCUGGGCAAUCUGUUGUCUUCCUAUGGAAAAACAAACACUUGGAGUGAGGGUAGGAAUCUCUGAUGCAUCUCUAGCGUUCAAGAGCCGUAGUCUAGCAGCACUACGACGUAAUCAUGAUGGUUCUAUUUUCCUCGAUCAGGGAAUAUCUGGCUCUGGUCCGCAAGUCAUUCGAGUCCGUAUAGAGACUAAUGGCACUAAAACUGGCUCAACAACUACUCCACUGCUUGUCCCAGGCAAUGCACCUGUACAAGCCCUAAUACUUCAAGCACGAAAUACGCUCUUUGCCGAAGAACUAUGGCAGGAACUACAGCGUGAGGCUCGAUUUCUCUGUUCUUUCGGUGUUAGUUCGACUUCAUCGAUUGUCACAUUCACCCUUACCCCGUGGAAAAAAGCACUUAUCGAUAUUGUUCCCCUCUGUGCCCAAUCAGUUUCUGAAUCUCAUGGAAAAGAUGACUUUUUUGCCUCUGGAAUACACACUGCUCUUCAUUUAGGUUUGACAUGGUCUCACCGUCUUGUUCGUCGAAGGAGAGCACAGCCACCGCAGCCGGUUACAUCCAACCCUCUUCCUGAACCUUGUUCGCUAAUGCGCCCAAUUCUAACCCGUCUUAUUCACGAACGUACAGUCAGCGAGGUUAUUGCAUUCAUAUCACCCCUUACCACUAGUUUGCGAAGUGCUUCUAUUUCUGCCUCAUACAACUCGACCCGGAAAAAGAUAACCUUACCUGUAUUUCUAACAAAAGCCGAGCAAAUCCUCACAUCGUUAUCAUCACAGCUUGAAUUUUUUAUUAAAUUUACCAUUCUUCCUGACACAGAAAUAUCAAUUACAAUCCGUACUAUGGCGUAUCGUGAUAUUAUUCCUGCAUUUCAAGUUCAGCUUAAUCCGGAAAGCCCAAUGAUUCUAACAUGUCCUACACCUGGAAUUUUCCACUCUAUCCAAGAUUUUCAGGAGUGGAUAUUAUGGUGCACAAGCUGUGCUAUCACACAACACCUUCAAGGUUGUCUCUCUCGGUGCACCGAUGGGCCAAAAUGGCAAUUAUCCACUUACUCAAAUAUUCUGAAGCGUGAGGCGUCUGAUUUUGAAAAAGUAAUUCGCUUUAUCUGCAUCAAUGUGGCUCAAGUGUACAAUCAAAAAAACGAUUAUCCAGGAGUUAGACUGCGCAUCAAAUGGGAGAGAAAAUUUGGAUCAAUUAUUGUCGCUGAUGAUCAGAUGUCCAUACCAGAAACAGAGUUAAUUGAGGGAGGGGUCAAUUCGAAGAGCAAGAAAACUAAUGAUUUUUAUGACUGGACUGCAUGGUAUGAUAAGGCAGCUGGUGGAAAGUCAUAUGUUGAACAAGAUACUCGAGAGAAGUUUGGAGCUACUACGGAAUGUAGUCUAUUUGAUAUCGCGAAGGCUAUCGGAAAAUUUAGUGGACAGGUAAAAGUGGACGAUCACACAAAUUUUACGUGA